UCGCGGAGCCUCGUGCUGGUUUGGUCGGUUUCUUGCUCAUACUCUCGUUCUGUAACAGAAGCCCCCCCACAUUUUGUGUCGGUUGAUUUUAUUCCCAGGAUACGUAUUUAUAUUAUUCCACUAACUUUUCAGUCGAACCUGAGUCGGGAGUGGAUGCCGGAUUCGGUCCGGAGGUAGGGGGAAUGAACCGGGAUACGGGUACAUUGUUAUAAAUAAUUGUAUUUAUGUUCAAUGCUAUUCAGAGCUUGAUUGUGAGUGACUUGCUGUGAGAGGGAGAGAGUAAUAUCAUGGCCGCUCAGGUCGCUAGCGUAGCCACUCUCAACACUAGCCCGCCAUCCGAACUAAAAAAACCGGAUCGGGACCCACAGGAGGAGUCGGUACCGGGGGAGAAACAACAUGAAAAUAAGGAGCCGGGAUCUGACAGCGGAUCUCCGGGACAGAAGGAACUGCAGGACGGGGCCGCUGGUGGAGAUGUAGGGGGAGGAGGGGAUCCUGAUAUGAAGAACGGGAACGGGAAUUCGUCCAGGGUGAAUAAUAAUAAUAACAGCCAGAAUGAUACGGGGGGACCUGAGGGGAAUAACCAUCCCGGAAUUGGGCAUCACCACCCGGGGCCCUUUCCUCCACCUCCUUACGGUUACAACCAGCACUACAGCCGGGCCCCUUUUCAUCAACAUGGCGGACAACAAAGCCCUGGCAUGGCAGCUGCAGCGGGGCCGGCAGUGCAGCCAGGCAGCAUGAUGGACCCAUACCCACCCAAUUCGCAUGAACACGGCUUCCCUAACCAUUACAACAAUUACAGCCCAUUUCCGAAUCGGACUCCUUAUCAGGGCCAAGGAUACGCCAUGAACUCCCCGCGUAAUAGUCAGCCUCCGGCGGCUGGGGGGCAGCCAGGCAAGCAACAGCCACCAGGAGGAACUACAGCUAUGGCUGCCUCUUACAAUAAUCAGAGGUAUAACAUGGGGAACCCACAACCUACGUCUACCCCUACUUUAAAUCAGCUCCUAACAUCUCCUAGUUCUACAAGGAGCUACCAGAACUAUCCACAAGGAGACUAUAGUAACCAGGAAGGGGCCAGCAAGGGACCAGCAGACAUGGGCAGUAGCCAGUAUGGUGGGGGCCAUCCGGGUUGGCAACAAAGGAGCCACCAUCCUCCUCCAAUGAGCCCGGGAAACACUGGACAACCUCUAAAUAGAAAUCAGCCCCCCACCCCGAUGGACCAGGUAGGGAAGAUUCGAGGACAGCCGUACCCGGCGGCCAACCCCUACACCCAGCAGCAGGGCCAGGGCCAGGGGCAGGGACAGGGCCAAGGCCCGGUCCAGGGCCAGGGGCAGGGACAGGGGCAGGUCCCGCCACCGGGACCCCAGCAAGGAGGCUCGUACCCUGGCCAGGGCUACGGCCCCACAGGCCCACAGAGGUACCCCAUGGGUCUGCAGGGUCGCACCCCUGGAAGCAUGGGAGGAAUGCAGUAUGGACAACAGAUGUCAGCCUAUGGACAGCAGGGUCCAGGGGGCUAUGGGCAGCAGAGCCAGGGCUACUAUGGGCAGCACGGCCCUCCAACCCACCCUGGCCAGCAGCAGCCCCCCUACCCAGGCCAGUCCCAGAGCACCCCAGCAGCCCAGGGCCCGUACCCCCAGCAGGGCCACCCCUCUCAGCCGCCCAGCCAACACAGCCAGGCCGGCCCCCCCUACCCCCAGUCCCAGGGCACGCAGGCCCCCCCCCAGGGCCAGCCCCCUUACAACCAGCCCCCCCAGUCUCAGCCUGGCCAAUCGCCCUACGCCGCAACCCAGCCUCAGCAGCCGCAGCAGGGCCCUCAGAGCCAGCAGGGCCCGGCCCAGGGCCAGCCCAGCUACCCACAGCCCCCAGGCCCGGGGCAGCCCCCUCAGCAGGCCCCGUCGCAGCAGCAAGGAACCCCCCAGCAGCAGCAGCCUGUACCUCCUCCCCAGGCCCAGCAGCCUCCAGGCCAUGGCCAGCCUCAGGCCCAGCCCCAGCCCCAGCAGGGACAGCCCUCGCCCUACUCCCAGACCCCUCCCCUGCAGCAACAGCAGUCUCCCUUCCAGAGGUUUCCCCCUCCUCCCCAGGAGCUAUCCCAGGAUUCCUUUAGCUCCCAGUCCAGCGCUCCCCCCUCCAACCAGCCCAACAAGAGCGGCCAGGAAGACAGCAUGCAGGGCCGGCCUUCUAGCUUGCCGGUCCAGGACCUGUCGGGCUCCAUCGACGACCUGCCCACGGGGACGGAGGGCGCCCUGAGCCCCGGGGUCAGCACGUCGGGCGUGUCCAGCAGCCAGGGCGAGCAGAGCAACCCCGCCCAGUCGCCCUUCUCCCCCCACACCUCGCCGCACUUGCCCGGGAUCCGGGGCCCGUCGCCCUCCCCCGUGGGCUCCCCCGCCAGCGUCACCCCCUCUCGCUCCGGACCCCUGUCCCCCGCGGCUGUGCCAGGUAACCCGAUUCCUCCCAGGCCACCUAGUGUCCAGUCGGAUGGGAUCCUGCACUCUUCCAUGAACCAGUCAGCCAUGGGGCAGGACAGGGUGUACAUGCGGAACCCUCAGAUGCCUCCGUACGGCUCCCCCCAGUCUGGCUCUGCCUUAUCCCCACGCCAGUCAUCGGGAGGCCAGAUGCAUGCAGGGAUGGGGUCCUACCCCCAGAACAACUCCAUGGGCAGCUACGGCCCUCAGGGCGCCCAGUACGGACCGCAAGGUAACGACCCCUGGAGGGAGGAGAGGAAAGGAAUCAGAGAGGAGAGGAAAGGAGGGGAGGAAGCAGGGAGUAGCAGAGGAUACCCACGGCAGCCCGGCUACAGCGGGAUGCCCAACGCCAACUACACGGGCCCCGGCAUGGGCGGCACCAUGAACCCCAUGCCGGGCCAGGCCGGAGGGGCUCCGUACGCGGGGGGCAUGCCCCCCGGCAGGAUGGGCCCCGGGCAGAUGGGGCCGCGCCCCUACGGCCCCGGGAUGGGCCCCAACAUGGCCGGCAUGCCCCCUCAGGUGGCCUCCGGGAUGUGUCCCCCUCCGGGCAUGAACAGGAAGGAGGCUGGCGCCCCCAUGCACCACGGCCCCCCCAACUCCAUACACAACAGGCCGCCGGGCUACCCCAACAUGCCCCAGGGCAUGAUGGCCGCCGGCUCCCCCUACGGGUCGGGCAUGAACAGCAUGCAGGGCAUGAUGAACCAGGGAGGGCCCUACCCCAUGGGGGGCAACAUGGCCAACAACACCCCCGGCAUGGCGCCCAGCCCGGAGUUCGGCAUGGACGUCAAACUCAACCCCGCCCAGAAGAUGAACAACAAAGUGGAGGGCGCCCCCAAACCCGAGACGACCACGAAAAAGAAGUCGAACUCCUCCACGACGACCAACGAGAAGAUCACGCGCCUGUACGAGCUGGGCCCGGAGCCGGAGAGGAAGAUGUGGGUGGACCGCUACCUGGCCUUUGCCGAGGAGAAGGCCAUGGGGAUGAACAACCUGCCGGCGGUGGGGCGCAAACCCCUGGAUCUCUUCAGGCUCUACGUGUCUGUCAAGGAGAUCGGAGGCCUCACGCAGGUGAACAAGAACAAGAAGUGGCGCGAGCUGGCCACCAACCUGAGCGUGGGCACGUCCAGCAGCGCGGCCAGCUCCCUGAAGAAGCAGUACAUCCAGUGUCUGUACGCCUUCGAGUGCAAGAUCGAACGCGGCGAGGACCCGCCGCCGGACAUCUUCAACACGGACGCCAAAAAGAACCAGGCCAAGGUCCAGCCUCCCAGCCCAGCUGGCUCUGGAUCUCUGCAGGGCCCCCAAACGCCCCAGUCCACCAGUAGUUCCAUGGCGGAGGGGGGUGAGCUGAAGCCCCCGACCCCCGCCUCCACCCCCCACAGCCAGAUGCCCCCCAUGCCUGUGGUCAGGAGUGUGAACUUGCAGGACCCCUUUGCUGAUGGCGGAGACCCUGCCUUUGCCAGGCGGAACGCCAUGACCCCCAACUCAGCCUACCAGCCCGGGAUGGGCGGGCCGGAGAUGAUGGGCCGCAUGGGCCCCUACGAGCCCAACAAGGACCCCUUCGGUGGCAUGAGGAAAGCUGGAGAGCAGUUUAUGACUCCAGGCCCCGGCCCCAACAGUGGGAUGGGGGAGCAGUUCCCCCGUGGCCCCCCAGGGCCCAUGGGGACCAUGCAGAUGGGCCAGAGGCAGCAGUUCCCCUACGGGCCAGGAUACGACAGGAGACAGGAGCCCGGCAUGGGCCCCGAUGGCAACAUGGUCCCCGGAACGCCCCAAACCAACAUGAUGCCCGCUGGUGCCGACACAGGGAUGUACUCUCCCAGCCGCCCCCCCCAGCAGCAACGGCUUGAUUCCUAUGGUAAUCAGUACCCUGGCCAAGGAGCACCCCCUGGUGGACCGUACCCCAAUCAGCAGCCAGGAAUGUAUCCACAGCAACAACCGAACUACAAGCGGCCUGUGGACGGGGGCUACGGCCCUCCAGCCAAGCGCCACGAGGGGGAGAUGUACAACGUCCCCUUCAGCGCUCAGCAGCAACAGGGCCCCCAGCCCGCGGGCCCCCAGGGCCAACAGGACAUGUACAACCAGUACAACGCCUACCCAGGGGCCGAGCGGAGGCCCCCCGGCCCCCAGGGACAGUUCUCCUUCCCCUUCGGCCGGGAGCGGGGGCCGGCCUCCGGAGGACCCAACUCCCAGUCCCCCAUGCCUCCCCAGAUGAUGGGCAGCCCCAUGCAGUCGGCCCCGGACGGCCCCCAGGGUCCAAUGUGGCAGGGCCGCAACGAGAUGGGCUACCCCAACUACCCCAACCGCCAAGGCCCUCCGGUGCCGGGCCAGGGCCCCGGCUACCACGGCAUGAACCGCUCCGAGGAGAUGAUGCCGGCCGACCAGCGCAUGAACCACGAGGGCCAGUGGCCUGGCCACGUCAACCCGAGGCAGCCCCCCUACGGGCCGGGGGGCUCGGGUCCUCCCAUGUCCAGGCCCCUGCAGUCCAACUACCAGUCCUCCCAGAACCACAUUCCCCAGGUGUCCAGCCCGGCGCCCAUGCCCCGGCCCAUGGAGAGCAGGACGUCGCCCAGCAAGUCGCCCUACAUGCACUCGGGCAUCAAGAUGCUGAAAGCCGCGCCCCCCGUGCCCGCCUCGCACAUAGGCCAGGCCCCCGUGCAGCCCCCGCUCAUCAGGCGGGACGUGGCAUUCCCCCCGGGCUCCGUGGAGGCCUCCCAGCCCCUCCUCAAGCCCCGCAGAAGGCUCACCAUGAAAGAGAUCGGCACACCAGAAGCUUGGCGAGUGAUGAUGUCCCUAAAAUCAGGCUUACUAGCUGAAAGCACUUGGGCCUUGGACACGAUAAACAUUCUGCUGUAUGACGACAACAGCAUCUCCACUUUCAACCUCUGUCAGCUUCCCGGUUUCCUGGAGCUGGUGGUGGAGUACUUCCGACGCUGCCUCAUCGAGAUCUUCGACAUCCUGAAGGAGUACGAGGUGGGCGACCCCGGCCAGCGGACCCUCAUCGACCCCAGCGCCGCCGACGAAGACAGCUCCGACGAGGAGGGUCCAGAACAGGAAGCGGAAGACAUGGAGGAAGGCGAGGAGGAGGAGGAGGAGGAGGAGGAGGACGAGAAGAGCGGCAUGGACAUCUCAUCGCAGGUCCACAUCAAGCAGGAGAAGGAGGAGAGCUCGCAGAAGGACAAGCCCACGCAGGAGGAGGAGGAAGGGCGGGAAGCAGCGUCUUCGUCCUCCGCGGAGCCCGGCUCCGGCUCGGCCCCGGACCCCAGCCCGCCUCAGGAGAAGCCCAAGCAGGCCAGCAAGUUCGACAAGCUCCCCAUCAAGGUGGUCCGGAAGAAAGACCUGUUCCUGGGGGGGCGCUCCACCAAGUUCGGCAGGCGGCAGAGCUUCGACAGCGGGCUGGUCCACUGGAGCAUCGGCGGGGGCGACACCACGGAGCACAUCCAGACCCACUUAGAGAGGCGGUCGGACCUCGCCAAGCAGCGGAAACGAACGCCGGCCGCCGCCAAGGCCAGGAAGAAGAGCGCGUCGCCCGAGGCGCCGGCGACGGGCGAGUGCCCGGAGAAAGCCGAGGAGGAGGAGGCGUCCCAGCGGCCCCAGUCCUCCGCGUCCCGACGCCCCACCGCGGAGAAAGAGAAGGGCGCCCCCCCACUCACCGGCGCCCCCGUCACCGCCACCAUCGACGACGUCCUGUCGGCCCGGCCGGGCUCCGUGACGGAGGAGGCGGUGCGCGGCGGCGCCGAGGAGCGGAAGGAGAACGGCAAGUUCCUGUUCAGCAUCAACCCGGCGCUGCAGAGCCGGCGCAACGUCAAAAUCCUGGAGGACGAGCCGCACAGUAAGGACGAGACGCCCCUGAGCACGCUGUCGGACUGGCAGGACGCGCUCGCCCGGCGCUGCGUCUGCAUCUCCAACAUCGUCCGGAGCCUCUCCUUCAUCCCCGGCAACGACCUGGAAAUGUCCAAACACCCGGGCCUGCUGCUGCUGCUGGGCCGCCUGGUGCUGCUCCACCACAGGCACCCGGAGCGCAAGCAGGCACCCGUCACCUACGAGAAGGAGGAGGAGGAGGACGAGGGCGUGAGCUGCGAGCGGGACGAGUGGUGGUGGGACUGCCUGGAGGUGCUGCGGGAGAACUGCCUCGUCACCCUGGCCAACAUCUCCGGCCAGCUCGACCUCUCCGUCUACCCGGAGAGCAUCUGCCUGCCGCUGCUGGACGGCCUGCUCCACUGGGCCGUCUGCCCCUCGGCCGAGGCCCUGGACCCCUUCCCCUCCCUGGGGCCCCACGGGGCGCUGUCCCCCCAGAGACUGGUCCUCGAGACCCUCAGCAAGCUCAGCAUCCAGGACAACAACGUCGACCUCAUUCUGGCCACGCCGCCCUUCAGCCGCCUGGAGAAGCUGUACGGCUCGCUGGUGCGCCUCGUCGGGGAGCGCAAGGUGGCCGUCUGCCGGGAGAUGGCGGUGGUCCUGCUGGCCAACCUGGCCCAGGGCGACAGCCUGGCGGCCCGCGCCAUCGCGGUGCAGAAGGGCAGCGUGGGGAACCUGCUGGGCUUCCUGGAGGACAGCCUGGCGGCCACUCAGUACCAGCAGAGCCAGAGCUCCCUGCUGCACAUGCAGGGCGGGGCUCACUUUGAGCCCACCAGCGUGGACAUGAUGCGGCGAGCCGCCCGGGCCCUGCACGCCCUGGCCAAGGUGGAGGAGAACCACUCGGAGUUCACGCUGUACGAGUCGCGGCUCCUGGACAUCUCCGUGUCGCCCCUCAUGAACUCGCUGGUGUCCCACGUGAUCUGUGACGUACUGUUUCUGAUCGGCCAGUCAUGACAGCCGUGGGCUCUCGGCUCCGCCGCGUUCCGUUCCCUUCCCCCCUUUCUUUUUUUUGUGUGUCUGUUGCGUGUGCGUGGAGAGAACUAAGAGCAAAAACUGACUGUCCUUUUUUUAAUUUAUGCAAAAAUCACCUCGGAUUCCACUGUCUGCCCUUUCUACCCCCCCCCCCCUGCUUCUCACUAAAGAAGGAAUUUCAUGAAGUAGCUGUGGAUUUCAAAAAGCCUGGAAAAGAAAAAAAGAUCAACUAACACAGAUGGGGAGGAGUAGAUUGGGACCCUGGCCUAGGAGAGAGUGUGUUCUGCCCUGCGGAAAGGACUUUUUUAAUGAAAAGAAAAAUCGACACAAAAA